CCCUCCCCGGGCUGUGAGAGCGGCCCCGGCUGCCCGUAGCUCCAGCCAUGGGCUCGGGACGCGUGCCCGGGCUCUGCCUGUUCGUCCUGCUGGUCCACGCCCGCGCCGCCCAGCACAGCAAAGCCGCGCAAGAUGUGGACGAGUGUGUGGAGGGGACUGACAACUGCCACAUUGAUGCUAUCUGCCAGAACACCCCAAGGUCAUACAAGUGCAUCUGCAAGUCUGGCUACACCGGGGAUGGCAAACACUGCAAAGAUGUAGAUGAGUGUGAGCGAGAGGAUAAUGCAGGUUGUGUGCAUGACUGUGUCAACAUCCCUGGCAAUUACAGAUGCACCUGCUAUGAUGGAUUCCACCUGGCACAUGAUGGACACAACUGUCUGGAUGUGGAUGAGUGUGCCGAGGGCAAUGGUGGCUGUCAGCAGAGCUGUGUCAACAUGAUGGGCAGCUACGAGUGCCACUGCCGGGAAGGCUUCUUCCUCAGCGACAACCAACAUACCUGCAUCCAACGGCCAGAAGAAGGAAUGAAUUGCAUGAACAAGAACCAUGGCUGUGCCCAUAUUUGCCGAGAGACACCCAAAGGGGGUAUUGCCUGUGAAUGCCGCCCUGGCUUUGAGCUCACCAAGAACCAACGGGACUGUAAAUUGACAUGCAACUACGGUAAUGGUGGCUGCCAGCACACAUGUGAUGACACAGAGCAAGGUCCCCGGUGCGGCUGUCAUGUCAAGUUUGUGCUCCAUACCGACGGGAAAACAUGCAUCGAAACCUGUGCUGUCAAUAACGGGGGCUGCGACAGUAAGUGCCAUGAUGCAGCAACUGGUGUCCACUGCAGCUGUCCUGUGGGCUUCAUGCUGCAGCCAGACAGGAAGACUUGCAAAGACAUAGAUGAGUGCCGCUUGAACAAUGGGGGUUGUGACCACAUUUGCCGCAAUACAGUGGGCAGCUUCGAGUGCAGCUGCAAGAAAGGUUAUAAGCUUCUCAUCAAUGAAAGGAACUGCCAGGAUAUAGACGAGUGCUCCUUUGAUCGAACCUGUGAUCACAUAUGUGUCAACACACCGGGAAGCUUCCAGUGUCUCUGCCAUCGUGGCUAUCUGCUGUAUGGUGUCACCCACUGUGGGGACGUGGACGAAUGCAGCAUCAAUCGGGGAGGUUGCCGCUUUGGCUGCAUCAACACUCCGGGCAGCUACCAGUGUACCUGCCCAGCAGGCCAGGGCAGGCUGCACUGGAACGGCAAAGAUUGCACAGAGCCAGUGAAGUGUCAGGGAAGUCCUGGGGCCUUGAAAGCCAUGCUCAGCUGCAACCGGUCUGGCAAGAAGGACACCUGUGCCCUGACCUGUCCUUCCCGAGCCAGGUUCUCACCAGAGUCUGAGAAUGGCUUCACAGUGAGCUGUGGCAUACCCAGCCCCAGAGCUGCUCCACCCCGAGCCAGCCACACCGGGAAUAACACAAGCUCCAACCACUGCCAUGAGGCUGCAGUGCUGUCCAUUAAACAGCGAGCCUCCUUCAAGAUCAAGGAUGCCAAAUGCCGUCUACACCUGCGAAACAAAGGCAAAAUGGAAGAGGCCGGCAAAAUCCCAGGGCCAGGUGGUACCCCUUGCUCUGACUGCCAUGUCACCUUCAUCCACCUCAAGUGUGACUCCUCUCGGAAGGGCAAGGGCCGGCGGGCCCGGACCCCUCCAGGAAAGGAGGUCACCCGGCUCACCCUGGAACUGGAGGCAGAGGUCAGAACUGAAGAAACCACAGCUGCCUGUGGGCUGCCCUGCCUCCGACAACGGAUGGAAAGGCGGCUAAAAGGGUCCCUGAAGAUGCUCAGAAAGUCCAUCAACCAGGACCGCUUCCUGCUGCGCCUGGCAGGCCUUGAUUAUGAGCUGGCCCACAAACCUGGCCUGGUAGCUGGGGAGCGAACAGAGCUGGUGGAGUCCUGCAGGCCUGGGCAGCACCGUGCUGGGGCCAAGUGUGUCAGCUGCCCGCAGGGAACGUAUUACCACGGCCAGACGGAGCAGUGUGUGCCAUGCCCAGCGGGCACCUUCCAGGAGAGAGAAGGGCAGCUCUCCUGCGACCUUUGCCCUGGAAGUGAUGCCCACGGGCCUCUCGGAGCCACCAACGUCACCACAUGUGCAGGUCAGUGCCCACCUGGCCACCACUCUGUAGAUGGGUUCAAACCCUGCCAGCCAUGCCCACGUGGUACCUACCAACCUGAAGCUGGACGGACCCUAUGCUUCCCCUGUGGUGGAGGCCUCACUACCAAGCAUGAGGGGGCCAUCUCUUUCCAAGACUGUGAUACCAAAGUCCAGUGCUCCCCAGGGCACUACUACAACACCAGCAUCCAUCGCUGUAUCCGCUGUGCCAUGGGCUCCUAUCAGCCCGACUUUCGACAGAACUUCUGUACCCGCUGCCCAGGAAACACAAGCACUGACUUUGAUGGCUCUACCAGUGUGGCCCAGUGUAAGAAUCGUCAGUGUGGUGGAGAGCUGGGUGAGUUUACUGGCUAUAUCGAGUCCCCCAACUACCCAGGCAACUACCCAGCCGGCGUGGAGUGCAUCUGGAACAUCAACCCCCCACCCAAGCGCAAGAUCCUUAUCGUGGUACCCGAGAUCUUCCUGCCAUCUGAGGACGAGUGUGGGGACGUCCUCGUCAUGAGAAAGAACUCCUCCCCAUCCUCUAUUACCACUUACGAGACCUGCCAGACCUAUGAGCGCCCCAUUGCUUUCACGGCACGUUCCAGGAAGCUCUGGAUCAACUUUAAGACAAGCGAGGCCAACAGUGCUCGUGGUUUCCAGAUCCCCUAUGUUACCUAUGAUGAGGACUACGAGCAGCUGGUAGAGGAUAUUGUACGAGAUGGUCGGCUCUAUGCCUCUGAAAACCACCAGGAGAUUUUAAAGGACAAGAAGCUCAUCAAGGCCUUCUUUGAGGUGCUAGCCCACCCCCAGAACUACUUCAAGUACACAGAGAAACACAAGGAGAUGCUGCCAAAAUCCUUCAUCAAGCUACUCCGCUCCAAAGUUUCCAGCUUCCUGAGGCCAUACAAAUAGUGCCCCUAGACCCAGAGACCCAGGUUUUGAAGUCCCCAGACUUCUUAGCCCUCAGCGCCAGCAGCCCCCCACCCUCAGACAAGGAACUCUUUCCUCUUUCUCUUUUUGGAGGGAAAAAAACAUCACUACACAGACCAGGCACUCUCCCCUUCUUUCUAGUUUCGUUUCCUUGUCUCUCUCUCUUUUUACUGUUUUUCCCCUUCCUACAUGCUCCCUAGAAAAGCCAUUCAUUGCUGGCUUUAUUCACCCUAAGGGGAGAAGGAACAGCACAGCCCCUCCACUGCCCAUUUUACCAACUCAUAUCCCUGACUCCAUUAGCUUGGAAGGGUGCUAGAGGCCCAGGAAGGAAGUGGGUCUAGUGGAGAAGGAAGAGGGGGAAGAGGCGCUUCUGCCAUUAAAGGGUUGUGCCUUGCUAGUCCGAAGCCAGAAUGUCCCCUGGCUGUGAUCCCCAGGAUAAUUCUAACAGCCCAGAGUCCUGCCAAAGAAGCCUUUGACGUACAGGUUUAAUACCAACACUGGUCCGCUAGGGCAUAUGAUUCGGGCCCUGGACUCCACACACAGCCAACUUUCUUAUCUAUAUAGCUCCUCUCUUCCCCCACAUGUCUGCCUGGGAUAUACUCCAUAAGAGUUUAUGAAUGGCCCACAACACUGGGCUAGUGGAUAUCGGCCAGAUGAGGAAGAGCAACAGGCAUUGCCAUGUUGAAUACCCUGCUGUGGCUCCCUGGGAGAAAGACUAUAGCUCUGCAAAACAGAACCAGGUUUUAAAGCAUCACCAAAAAAAGAAAACAGAAAGAAAAGAAAAUGUAUCACCUAAAAGACCAGACAGAACGAUUGGAAGCUAACUCUGAACACUAAUUCCUUUUGUUACAUGUCUUCCCUGGCCCAGCUACCCCUUCAGUUCCACCCAAGUGCUCCCUAGGGGAACCCUACUCCCCUCACUACAUAUUGUCCUUAAAGAAGCAUGGCUGUUGACCUGAAGCCAGCCUGGGCCUUGCCCCACAUCUGUCCUUCCCUUGUAGCCCCAGGUGGCUUGUGGGCUCUACCAAAGAGGACCUGCUUUACAGCCAGUCUGGAGCCACCUACCUCUGGCCUCAGGCUGUGGGCAGCAAGAGGAAUGUCUGUGCACUUGGCAAGCCUCCUGCCCACCCUGUCCACAUCUAAUAAGUGCAAUCAUUUGAGUCUUUCUAUGUUGUCUAGAGGGAGGGUUUUUUGUUUUUGUUUCUUUUCCUUCUAUUAGAACAACCCUAUUUAUAGCUGCCCAAGAGAAGAGUGUAUGUUUGGAGUGGAAGAAAAUCAGUUUUGAAUCUCAUGAACCAUGAGUGCUGGAGCAUCUGAUCUGUCUUUAUUCCACCAGUGACCACCUAGACUCUAUAGCCCUUGGCUGGGGUAACCCAGGGUGAUCGUUUAAAGGCAUCUGAUGUGUAAGAAAGAAAUUCUGGGGACGGGAUGGAGCAGGAAGCAGAGUGACCUGUUUGCUUAACCAAUCCUACUGUCCCUAUGCCGCUCCAUGGAUUUAGCAUGGACCUCGUGAUUACAGAGGCCAAUGGAAUCGGUCAGUGAUUCUCUAUCCCAAGUAGGGAAAACCUUCAUCUUUUCCCUGUUUUCAUCAUGUUUUCUCAUGGUGUGCACAUGGAGGAGGACCAGGACAAACCACCUGGGGAUGGGCUGACUUAGGGUCCUGAGGCCAGAGACAAGGCUAUGGAAAGAAAGGACAGUACAGUCAGUGAAAACACCAGACAUUUGUUUGACCCUGGCCACUUCCCUCUUGGAAUUGACUUCAAACCUAGCUUCCUCAACGACUGCUUUUCUAAAGAAUCAAGUCCAUGCCUAAGCCCAAAGCCUGUACAUAUUUCACCCUUAAUCCAACUGUUGCCUAUAAAAUUAUUUUUCCAACGGCUCCUCCUUUAAUGGUUCCCUUAAAGCUUAGUCAAUUAAAGGCUACCAGUUGACUUCUCAGGUGACUGUCCCAGGAUACUCCUCCCCCAGGAGACAAUGCUUAAUAAAGGAACCUGACUCCU